UUUGUUUAAAUCUAUAAAUCGUGUUGUACAACCAUUGCCGUUUGGGUUAUCUCUGCUGCGCAGUUAUGCCGCUGCUACCGAUAUAAUCAUCUAAACACACCCUUGUAUAUGAUUGGUCGAGAGGUUUUAGCGCGGCGCGUCGCAACCAAUCAGAGGAUUGUUUUUCUGUCACGUCGCUGCACGGGUAGUAAGCUAACGGAUAUUGCAAACAUAAACUAAUAUAAAGAACACGGGUUCUUUCUCGGGUCUGUGUAGCGGGGAAAGGUUUUGUUGUUUGGAUUGAGCUUUUCUUGUUGGACUUUUAUCCGUGAAAUGUGGAGCGGCCGUCACCGCGAGGACACGCGAAGUAGGUUACGUUAGCUAACUCACGUUAGCAAUAGCUUGCUAAUUUUGUAACGUUCCGCAAGGCCGCGGAGAAAUACAAGAUCGCCUUCCUGUUUUCGCUCCCUUGAGAAUGUAGGUUGAAAUUACGAUCCGAGUUACAGCAUCGCAAGUAGUCAGACCGGCGGUGUAAUCGAUUGCAUUUUAAGUUUGUUUGAGUUGUGCUUGCGGGCUACCUAGCUCGUUAGCUAUUUGGCUAGCUAGCAUGAGUGAACUGACGGGCUGCAAACAGUCCGCCGAUUCUGCAUCGAGGAAGCGGUGUCCAUCACCCGGCCACGAUGGAGGCAGCGCGAUCCCCAGCAAGUCCACGAAAGUAACCGACGCACCAGACGCAGCGGCGGUCACUUCGGAAAGUUGCCGAAACAGCGAAGCCGAGAGUAAAGAAAUAGCCGCGAGCGAGGGCCAAUCAAAAGAUAGUGAGGGAAAAGCAGCUGCCGUUCAAGCGGACCCGGGAUCGCGUGGCGCGAGUGGCACCGGCGCGCCGCCGGCCAACCACUCCAAGGUGGACGGUGGCCACGACGCCGGCGACUCGGAGAAGCCGCAGUCCUCGGACGCACGCGGAUCGGCGGACGACGACGCCGCGAAGACUCCGGGGACGAAGCUGCGUCCCCCGGCGAGCCUGGACCAGAGCGACUCUGCAGCCAUCGCCGCCGCCGAGGCGCUCGCCAGUCUCACCGCGGGAGACGGCGAAGACGGCAAAGAGACGCCUUGCUCAUCCGAAAAGGCGAAACCGGUGAAACAGGGGAGCAAGCUCAAACAACGGGGGAGCCACCACUCCUCGAGAACGGGCUCCAAGACGCAGGCAGCUGCCGCGGACAGCUCCACGUCUGUGCACAGCACCGACCGGGAGGACGCGGACGAGAUGCCAGAGGCGGCAGACGAAGGGGAUGAGUCGAUAUCCGGAUCUUCCUCCACCGCGAGCUCUUCCUUCCCUUCGGACAAUGAGGACAAUGACGAUGGCGAGUGUGCCAUCGUGUCGGUCAAGAUGGCCCCAGAGAUGAGGCAGUCGGUGGCUCUCCUGGCGCAGGUACAGAUGAGGCUGGAAGCCCUCGAGAAGAAAAGCGCCCGGCUCCACCAGCGAAUGGAGCUGAAGAUCAGUCGUCAGCGGCGUCCACAUCUGGACCAGCGCAGCUCCAUCACAAAAACCAUCCCGGGCUUCUGGGUGACGGCUCUGUUGAACCAUCCUCAUCUCUCGGCCCACAUUGACGAGACCGAUGAAGAUGCUCUCAGUUACAUGACCGAUCUCGAGAUCGAGUCCUUCAAGAAUAAUAAGCUGGGCUACAGAAUCCGCUUCCACUUCAGACGAAACCCAUAUUUCCAGAACAACAUCAUCAUGAAGGAGCUCCACCUUGGGAUGGGAGGAUCUCCCAUGUCAUUCUCCAACCCCAUCCUGUGGCAGCGUGGACAGAACCUGACGGCCCACAGUGAACCCAGGAAGUCAUCGCGUGGGGUCUACAAGACCUUUUUCAGCUGGUUCAGUGACCACAGCAACCCGGGACAGGAUGAUGUCGCACAGAUACUAAAGGAUGACCUGUACCGGGACCCUCUGAGAUACUACCUUACUCCACUGUGGGAACCGAGGGAGAACGGCAGCGGGGGGAGCGGAGCCCGAGCUGCUGACAACGGCAAUGGAGACGACUGUGUCGUGAUCUCCGACUCGGACGAUGAGCCCGGCGAGGAAGCCGGCGAGGCGGAACAAGGCCGUAGUAGGCGGGAGGAGGAGGAGGAGGAGGAGGAGGACGAAGAAGAAGAAGAAGACGAAGGAGACGAAGGAGGAGGAGGAGACCAAGAAGAAGAAGAAGAUGAUGAGGAUGAAGAGGACGAGGAUGAGGAGGGCACAAGGGGACGAAGUGCUGAUGAGAGUCCAGAGGAGGAGGAGGAGGAUGAUGAUGAUGGUGGAGGAGGAGAAAUUUUGAUUGACGGCUCCGACGACAGCGAGCAGGAGGACGACGAGGCCUGAGGAGCUCGAAGAGGAGCAGGUUCAUGUUGACGAUGAAGGCGAGUCAUCAAGGGACCAGGAGGAGGAUGCCGAUCGACGAACAGUACCAGAGCAGAGUCCUUUUUAUGCACAGAAUUUCAGUUUUUUCUUUCUUUUUUUAACCUAAAACAACAUAGGAGCAUUCUAAAUCAGGGUUAACUAAUAAUAAAGCCACGGCAGCAUGGUUUCCCCUCUAUUUUAUACAGUCACCACUGUGUAGUCUGAUUCACUUUUUGCUAAAUGUUGUUUUGUCAUAUAAUGCCAGUAGUGUCCCUCGCUGUAUGCAACAGGCUGCACGUGUGUAAGGGACACGCGUUGAACGCAAUCUCGCGUUGCGAACUCUUCACACGAGGAAUGCGGAGGCCGUCAUGGGCAUUAUUUAGUGGUCAUUUUAAGGCAAAGUUUUGGCUGCUUUUUAGAAUUGAUGUGACAAACUAAAUUGAUACUCAUGACAGUACUUUUUAGACGCACCGAGUACUGAACCAAAAUGUGUUCUCAGGGAUGAUCAUGGUGGUGGUUUUACUGAACGAAACCUUACUGAUUCCAGACAUUUACACUCUGUGGUCAUUUGUUGGCUGUGCAUAAGGAAACGUGUACUCUACUGUAGUAAAUAGGAACCAUUAUUGUUUGCUUAGGCUGCCUGUGUUUCUCCUUCACCUCCACCUUAAAAUCAUGACGCAGUUUGAUCAGCGUUUGUUGUUUCCUACAUUUUGUAACACGCUCCUACAAUAAAUAGCUGAGUUUGUAUCGUUGUUUUCCCCUUUUUAGGAUUUAAAUUAAUUCGAAUAACCUUAAAACAUUUAAGAUUUGUUGUAAUGUGUAUUAAGAAUUUUUAUUUAUUUGUUUUUCUACACAUCCACAUUAUGGCAUGCCUGUGAACAGUACGAUUACAAUACUUACAAGGCUUUUAAUGUGCACAGUGUCAGUAAAUGUAGAUGAAUUCACCGUAACAUUGGUGCACUGUAAAAAUACAACAAAAAAAAUAGUAUUUGAAUUUGCUUACUUUUCUUAGCAAUGAACUGUAAAUAUCUGAGCAUUGUCUUUUGGAUAAGACAAGUACACAUGUUUAAUCCAUGGAUAACUCUAUCAAAUAAUCGGAAGUUUUUCAUGAACAUGAUCAGAAAGUUAUAUUUUGUGUGCUUUGUUUUAUAGAACACUGUAGUUUAAAGAUACCUACUUGAUUGUUGCUUUGGUUCAUUUGGUUUGCUUAAAGAUAAAUGUCCACCUUUUGACUGAGACCUAAUAAAAUAGGCAGAUGUUUUA